UGAUCCUUCACUUCAUCCUUCUGUUUCCUUCCGAUUCAAUCUUCUUCAUCAGCGAGUUGUUCGACCAAGGCCAUGUCUAAUACCCCGCAGGACCUCGAGGCUCUUCGUGCUGCGGUACUUUUGUCAAGAAGCAAACCGCUGCAGACGACCUCUCUCGCAUCAACGUUUUCGUCAACCUCAAACACCGCAGCUAUCAGCAUCAACAGCAUGCGCCCAGAUACUAGGCCAAGUUCGGCUUCGCCAUCUAAGACAACAGCAACAUCAACUGACUCAACCACCAAAGCCGCCCUCACGCAAGCUGACAUCACAGGGUUACCUGAGGUCGAUAGGGAGGAUGGAGAAAUCAUUGACGAGGAGAGCACCAGCAACAAUGGCACUAGACCAGACUCUGGCAUGGUUAGAGCCCCAGCAAACCCAUCAAGCACUACAGCCUUCACGCCGCAUCCUAUGCCUACUCGACUCAUCCAUCCUAUAUAUCAUUCAGCUCAGGAGAAACGCCCAGGGCAUAUUCCAGUCAUGAUCAGACCUCUACCACUGCACCCACCACCUCCUGCACAGAAUCAUGGAGCCGUUACCAAACGCCAGAACAGAAGCUUUGAUGUCGAUACAACACCGGUCACCCAAGAUGCCGACUUCACUGCCCUUAUGGCGGAAUACCAGCUUCGAAGAGCAAAGACCGAUAUUAAGUUACCAACCGCGACAGCAAACGUGGAGAAAGAUGCCUCGGACGACAUACCAGGACUCGGCACGAUCAAGAAUCCAGGGUGGUCCCCAAUGGAAUCAAAUGCACAUGAACGAAAAAAUCGCUCUUUUGCAAACUCCGGUCCACGUCCAGGCGACCAUUUUCGCGCGCCAGGUUCUUUAACCCAUCGUGGAGGGCGAAGAGCUAGAAAUAGGACGUGUUCGCUGGAUGUACCGCCGCCACAUCGCGCUGGCCAACAUCCUGAACUCACAACCCGUCUCAACCAGAAUACCCCAGCGCAGCAGACAUCAAGCAAAUCUCAAAUCUACGCACUCGUCCAUCAGCUCAUGGAUCAUGGCAUCAGCUCUGAGCAGUUUAUGCAUAUAGGUAUCAGUCCCAAGAUCAUUCAGGAUGUCGCUUAUCAAAGGGCCCCUCACCAAUUAGUCGCGUCCACCAUGCCCUCCCAUCCUGGUUCAAGUGCAUCUCAAGUUAUGGGCUUUGUCGCCAAUCAGCAGCCAUCUGCACUUUAUCCCAGUUCUGUCGCAAACUCUUCGCUGCCCCAGUCUACACAGUCAUUACCGCAGCAUCCUGCAUUGCCGCCCCAGCAAACUUCAUACGCGGAGCAACAUUCGACACAGAAUACCUUUACAGCAGCGGCUAUCCAGAAUCAAGCACAAAACCAGUGGGCACCCCUCUUUCAAGCACAGAUGUUUCUCGACCAACAGCAGCAACAGCAGCAACAGCAAAAUCAGCAAUUGUUCUCCCAGAUCCAACCCGCACUAACGUCCGCUACGGAUAAUGUGGCGUCGAAGCAGCUGGAGAUGAUCAUCGCUUUGGCAUCUCAAGUCUUGCCUCAGGACUGGUACAGCUUGCUGCAGAAUCGUGGCAUGGAUGCAAAUGGCGCACCGGCAACUAUCGAUAUCUAUCAACCCACAUAUGGAUCAAGCAUGGGCGAUCCCCCGUCCAGCACUCCAUGUAAUGAGGAUAUAGCAGCUGAACAGGACCAUGACAGACAGAUGCUACUGUCGCAGGAGGCGCAAUCACACGAGGAGCAGAUGGACCGCGCCUUGGAAGAGCGGAAUUACCUUGCAGAAGCAGCCUACAGAAGCAAUGAAACGCUUGCCAUGUCAACAACUACUGGAGUCGCUCCCUCUUAUCCACCACCGCCGCCGUCGCAUCCGCCGCCCUCUCCCCCUCCUCCACCUGCAGCGUCCCCCCCAUCUUCUCCAUCUGCGGGAAUACCCCUGACAUCUUCACCUACGCCGAUAUCUUCGGAUUUUCCACCUGCUGAAACACCACCAUCUGCUAUAUCUGAUCAGAAUAUGGACAGUGCAUCAAAGGAUGACACACCCAUUGAAGCCGAAGUGCAAGAAGGCUCGACAUCGUCGCAAGACGAGAUGGAUAUGGAGCUUGAUGACGAUGCUGCACAGACCACCAACAUAUUGAAGGGCUCCUGGAAAACCAUACAGGACGCAUCUCCUGAGGUUGCGAUAUCGCAGCAUUAUCCUCAUCCCAAGCAGCCUACCGCUACUCGCAUCGAUUCCGUAGGUUCUUCCUCCUGGAUAGAACCCCGUUCUGCGCCCGCAUCGUUGGCGGGUACACCCACAAGGCAUCGCAACACCGGAGAUCAACGGCUCACUUCAGCUUUAUCUCGAUCUCAACGCAAUGGAAGGCGGGCCACUGCCAUGGACUUUAUUCAACAAUCUCACUCACCCGUGCCGUUCAUACAGGAGCGUCAACAGUCGUUACUAAUUGAUAUCGACGAAGACAGUUGCAACGACGACGACGAUGAUGAUAAUGUUGGCGAUGAAGUGGAAGAACACAGCAAGAGCGCAGCGUUAAACAUGAUCCUUAGGGAGAGAGAGGAGGCCAAUCAGAGGCAGCUCAAAGAGAAAGAAGAUGUUAUUCAGAGGCAGUUAAAAGAGAAAGAGGAGGCCAUUCAGAGACAGCUUAAACAGUUAAAUGAGCGUAUUAAGGCAAAAGAGCUGGCAAUGCAGUCUUCAACGUCGACAUCACCAUCGAAUCCCUCAACACCCAAGACUCCCCUUGCAUCCCAGUCAGCUUUGAAUUCCCCUGUACGGUCACCAGGAAGCCUUUCCAACGUGGAGGAGCUGACAACGGUGGCCACAUCCGUGGCAAACGUUUCUGCGGCUACAAGUGAUAUGGAGGGGCUCCGCCGAUCAUUAAGCGAGCAUACCACAAGACUUGAACAGCUUCGAUUCCAGCAGCAGGAUUGCGAGCAGGAAUACAAGACUGCGACUGGCGAGCUAAACUCGAUAACUUCCGCCAACACAAACCACAUACAGGACCUGGAAAACCUCAAAGGAAGCGUCGACCAGGCUGAAGCAUACGUGGAGCUGAAGCUGCGCGAACUCGAGGAGGCAAAGCGUCGUCUUGAGGAUACGAGAGCACGGAUUGAGCCGCAGAUUGCUCAGCUUUUACGUGCGGAACGGAUGAAGGAAACCCUGCGGACUCGUAUACAGUCAAACCGCGAGAAAGCCACAGAAAUUAAGCAAUCGAUCGUCAGCCUCCAGCAGGACAUCAUCCGCAUGCGGACCCGUCUUGUACUCCUUGAAGUAGGAUCAAAAGUGUCAAAUUCGCAGACGGUCAUAGCUACCUCGAUGUCUUCCAAAGCGCUUGCUGACAAGUCGACUUCCGCUCCUGCUUCCCCGACGAACUACACUCAGGACCCUGUUUCCGCGUCGGGAUCCGCGACAUCUACAGCCGCAGCUUCGUCUGGUACUCAGAAUACUUCUACGCUUGCGGUCAAGCGUGGAAAUGAGUCGCGAGAUCAGCAAUCCCCUCUUUUAGCAGUUAAGAGACCGCGCGUGGAUGUCCGCGAGAUAUUGAACAAGAGAAUGAAGGAACUGGAGCAAGAACAGGCGUUGCUGCGAGCAGGACUUGUGUCUACGCAACCGAAUAGCCUCACUUCGACGAGCAAAACUCCGGAUCCAAGGGCCGUUCAUUCCACUUUCCUCUCAACUGUCGCUCCAACCCAAACGGCGUCGCUAAAUCAUUCAAACAAUGUAGCCACCGCUCCGCCGCCACGUGUCCUACUGGCGCCUCUGCAGAAACCAGUAGCCCCAUCGGAUCUCCAAGCCGCCACGAGUAUUCCUAUCAUUGGAUCCGGCAAGCCUCCGAAUACUCUAAAGGGCCUAUCAAAGCUCGACCGGUUUCUGGCGCAAGUCAUGAACAUGCCGGUGACUCCUGCAUCGGCUCGUCCACUCGAACGUACUGUAGGAGCUUGGAGGCCAGUUCCCGGCAUCAAAAGGCUUUUUUUGGCUGAUACCUGUAUAUGCGAUCUCAGCCAGUUGUGUUUGCCCUCAAAGCUCGAUAUAUAUUCGGCCCCUGGCUCGCGAACAAUGUCUCAGAGCGGAUCGACCGCUGUACGAUCAUCGACCGCGAUUGCACAGAGAAAAGCGCAGGAAUACGAGUCGCCCUUGACCAUGUUCCGCUCUUUCCGUUUUUCGCCACGGUUUCAGGGAACAGUUCGUGGUGGCUAUCGGUCACUUACAUACAGCAACAAAAUCGAUCCAAACAAGCCGAUGUGCAUCUAUGAACUAUCAGGCGGAGCUUGCAACGACGACUCUUGCGGCUCCCAGCACGUCCGAGACUACACCAUGACGGAUGAAGAGCUGGUGACUGAUAUGGCUCGCUACACUGAAGGAGUGACUCCAGAAUUGCGCAACAAGUUCAUCAAGAUGCAGACCACCAAACUAGCCGAACUUCGAGCAUCGGGGAUCGACAACGCCGAUCAGCUAAUCGACUGCAUCAUCCAGACCCAUCAAGACUUCCUUCAUCAGCACAACCUCGAUCCUCACCAGACUGUCAAGUUUGCUGACCGUCUCCCUGCAAUCGGUGGGACAGCGCAUGAUCCGGCGCCGAAGAAUAGUUCCAAGAACUCACCAGGUUACCGCGCCGUGGAUCGAAUUAUUGGGAACAAUGGAUCUGAUGUGCGGAAACUAGACGACAACCCUAUUUUGAUGAGAGCAGUUUCCAACUUGCGAGGAUCGUCUCAAAAGAUGAAGCGCUACCACGAACAUGUAUCGGCGGAAAACUAUGAACGCCUGGUGAGCGCUGAGCCCCACAAUGACAGUAUUUGGGUUGAAUAUGCAAUCUACCAACUUUCAGAUGCCGCGGACGAAAACAAAGACACCAAACUUCAACGCGCACUGUCUGUCCUUUCGAACGCAAUAACCAUCAAUACGACCUCAGAGAACCUAUGGAGUUUUUACAUGGACCUGUACUCCCUCCAUGGAACAGAAUUGGAGACCCGAGAAAUGUUCGAACAAUGCCUACGAUGUGCUCCUAGAGCCGAGCUCAUUUGGUUCAGAUACUACACCUGGGAGAAGGGCCGGGACGAACGUGUGUAUGUCCUGGAUCGCAUGCUUGAGAGAGCCUGCGAGAAGCCAAACGGAGAGGAACUAUUGGUAUCGAAUCGCGACUCCCGCUUCACGCUCGAUGUUGUCCUACAAAUCUUGAAGACAAUGGUCUCUGGAGACUAUGUGGAGUCGGCCAAAAAUUGGGUACAAAACUUCUUGACCUGCGCCAGCUGGAAAUCCGUUGUUCCCUCUUCGCUCUCGUAUGCUCGGCCGGACGAUGUUUGGCAGGAGAACGAUAUGGUGGAGAACAUUGCGGGGACUCUUGCGGCAAGGCUUCUUACGCCGACGGAUCUUUGUAUCCUCUGGCUAGCGUACGUGUAUCUAAUUUGGUUCCAUGAGUUACCGGAGGAACUCUUUUUCGACUAUCCAAACGACUAUCUCUCGGAUAACCGGCUUUUUGAGAUCCAUUGGCCUACCACAGAAGAACUUGAUCAGGAAAACGAACUCCAUAGCAUUGUCCACGACAUCUUUCUGGGUCUGACUGUCUACUUUGUCGAUUGCGAGGCUCGACCAUCGCUUGUGGCGACGCUGAAGAAUUUCGUCGGAUUCUUGAUGGCGCGGGGUCAGCAGCAGGAGCAGAUCUUAGAGCUGGUGAACCCUUCAAAGUUUCCUGGAUCACAGCCUGAGAUUCGCGAUCUGUUCUGUCAAGUGCAAAUGCACUUUGAUGAGCAUGAACACGCGAAGCGAGAUAUGGAGCAGGCUAUCCGGGAGUCGCCUCAUCAACCGUAUCUCUGGAACCGGUUCGCUCGUAUGCUCCCUGAUGUGGAAAGGGCAACAUGUCUUCAACAAUGUGCCCUCGCGUUUUUCGUGGUGGACCUGAGGCAUGAACUUGCUUUCGAUCGCUCUGAGCUUACUCGUCUUCUUUACCAUGUACUCCUGGGAUUGGAAGUUCCAGGCGAUUUCGUUGCACCUCCAACACGACUGGACAUUGCCACGUACAAGAAUAAUAUCUUCUUGUGGCUGAACUAUUUGUGUCUAUUGGCCCUCGAAUCCAGGCUCAGCAAUGCAUUUACGCAACUCGACUCCGCAUUCAAGUCAGCUCUAGAUGUCCUCCCUGUGGAUACAAGGGCAGUGGUGCAGACGGAACGCGCUACACAUUUGAUUUUGAGGGAGCUAGACAAGACUUUGAGCAUCACGGCCCUUGGUAACAUUAUCUCGACCGCUGCCAAAGACAUAAAUGUCACCAAGAUGAAUCCAUAUGACCGUGCGGAAAAUGCAGAAGUUAGAGUGCUGCCGAUAUUGGAUUUUUCUCAAGUGAACAGGGUCGUUGAGGCUGUUUGGGAGCACACAGCCGAAUGCGGAAGCGAUUUACGUGUAGACAUUAUCGAUUCGCUCCUACGAUUUUUUCCCGAAAAUCCGGACCUUUACCUCUGGAUGGGCGAGGCUGAAGAAUUGGCAGGACAUGCGGACGGGUGUCGAAAAGUCCUUGUGGCAUGCUUGAAGCGCUUUCCAUCGUCUGAUCGCGUCUGGAAACGGAUGCUAGAUAUCUUUGUGGACCUUAAAUCUCAGUCAGGCAUGGACUUAAUCGUCAAGGCAAGCCUAAUCUCGCCUUUGGCGGCAAAAGUCAGCAAGAUCGCGACAUUGAUCGAAUGAUAAGCACAGGUAUAUUCUUGCUUGAAAUUUGAACAACAUAGUGUCCCCCAUCAUACCCUUUGAAAAAAGUUAUUCGAUCAAAAAUAAAAAGAAUAAAAUUUAUUAUUACGAUA